CACAGUCUCUGUUCUGGUUCCGAAGACUUCCUUGUGGCAACAUUUUAGGUUGAAAGUUCACAAAUGGCGCGGAAACCAGAGAAAGGCGUUUGAAUUGUGUUGUUGCCCAUUUCAGUUCGUUUUCCUGUCUUGCAUUUCUUUCACGUUUGAAACGCAAACUUCAAAAGCAAACAGUGCCAUGAGCAAAAGAAAAUCAAGAGAGAGUCAUAUGACAGUUGGGCAAUGUGUCUCACAGGCACAAAAGGUUUUGAGGCAGAGAUUUUGCCACCAGGAGAUCUCUACUCCACCCGUGGGUCUUGAAUCUCAGCACAAACACUUGCUGGAGUUGCUGAGGAGAACGGCUGUUCACGGCGAGAGUAACUCGGUACUCAUCGUGGGACCCAGGGGAUCGGGCAAGACAAUGUUGCUGAACUACGUCCUGAAGGAACUACUACAGGAGAAAGAUGUUAAGAGUAACAUCAUGUUGGUUCGUUUGAAUGGGUUGCUGCAGACCGAUGAUAGGAUUGCUCUUAAAGAGAUCACAAGACAGCUCAACUUGGAGAACGUUGUUGGGGACAAAGUCUUUGGCAGUUUUGCUGAGAACCUUGGGUUCCUUCUGGAAGCACUAAAGAAAGGUGACCGGAGCAGCAGUCGUCCAGUGAUUUUUGUGCUGGAUGAGUUUGAUCUCUUUGCCCACCACAAGAACCAGACGCUUCUGUACAACCUGCUGGAUGUUUCGCAGUCGGCCCAGGCCCCUGUCGCUGUGGUGGGCCUCACUUGUCGACUGGAUGUGCUGGAGCUGCUUGAGAAGCGGGUCAAGUCGCGUUUCUCCCACCGCCAGAUCCACCUGCUCAGCUCAAUGGGCUUCAGCCAAUACCUGGAGAUGGUGCGCUCUCAGCUCAGUGUCCCCUUGGACUUCCCCGACAGCAAGUUCUCGGACGAGUGGAACGCCAGUGUUAAGAAACUGUGUGAGGACAAAUCAGUGGAGGAGGUUUUACGCAAACACUUCAACAGCAGCAAGGACUUCCGAUCACUGCAUUUGCUGCUGCUCUUGGCUCUGGGCCGCGUAACUGUGUCAAACCCGGUCAUCAGGCCAGUGGACCUGCUGGAAGCUGGCCGCUGGAGUAGUGUGGACUCAAAGGCAAACAUUCUCCAUGGUGUGUCUAUUCUGGAGUUAUGUCUCAUCAUUGCUAUGAAGCACCUGAAUGACAUCUAUGAGGGAGAGCCUUUCAACUUCCAGAUGGUACACAAUGAAUUCAAGAAGUUCAUCAGCAGGAAAUCACACACCAUCCAUAAUUUUGAGAAGCCAGUUGUCAUCAAGGCCUUUGAGCACCUCCAGCAGCUGGAGCUGAUUCGGCCUGUGGAGGCGUCCAGCGCAAAGAUCCAGAAGGACUACCAGCUAAUGAAGCUCAUGUUGGACCACACCCAGGUCCUGGAGGCCGUGCAGCGCUACCCACAAUGCCCCACAGAUGUUCGGCAGUGGGCCACCUCCGCGUUUGCCUGACACUUGGACUGUAUGCUUGUUAUGGCGAUUCCCAUUCUCAAUAGUGUUGACUUGAGGGGUUUCUUUGCAGAUAGUGCAUCAGUAUGUGGCAAAUGUUACAGUGGAUCACUGAUGGAUGACCACUUAUGGACCAAAACAUACACGGCCUUGGACUUUAGGUUGUGUUGACAUACAAAAAUAUUCUGUUUUUUAUGCAUCACACUUUUUCAUGGCAAAAAUGUAAAAAUAAAAACUUGAUUGUUGAAUUAAACAAAGACAACUAUUGUACACUUGUGAUGGGUUUAUAGUCCACUUAACACUAGUUAUAUAAUCAGAGUUCCCAUGAAAGUUUGAAAGUGAAAAAUGUGGGUCUUCAUGGGCCCUAAAGUGUUUGAAUGUGUAUUUACUGAAUAGGCAAGAUCUCCUAUUCUGCCAUCACUGUAACUCCUCACAAUUGAGACGUGUUCCCAUUCAUGUACAUUACAUGUAUUCAUUUAGUAGACACUUUUAUCCAAAGCGACUUACACAUGUUAAUUAUAUUACAAGGGCCCUUCUCCCCAGAGCAACUCAGGGUUAAGUGGCUUGCUCAAGGGCACAUCGGUGUAAGCUGGGAAUUGUUGAUUGUGACCUUUAAAGCCUGAUAGUUCUCAUAAAAUUGUCGGUGUUGUGAGACCUUGGGUCCUUGCAUUUGUGAGGAAUGAGCCAGGAAAGUACUUCAAAGGUCCUUGAAUUUGAUGUUUACGAAGGGAUGGGAACCUUGUCUGAUGACUGUGCUACUGGAGGUAAAAUAAUGUGAAAGUACCACUAAAAACAGGAGUCAUAUCUCAGAGCAGUCACUAUACUUUAUUUUAAAGGAAGAGCAUACAUUUUUCUGUACAACAUUUAACAAUCACUUCCAACCAGGCCUUCUGAAACAGUUGGUGAAAUACUUUUUAUUUAAUAUCCUUUUCUUUCUUUCUUUUUUUUUG